UCAUUAUUCAGUGUCGGUUUGUACUCCGUCUACAUCACACGCAUUUAAUAACAAACAAUGUACACAAACAAAUAAAUUUAUGUGAAUUGACCACAAAUAAAACUAAUGUUUUGAUUGUGACCGCGACUUCCUAGCUAUCUCCGGUUUAAUAACCUUGCGUCAGAGGAUUUUUUUCUGCGAUACAACAUCUAUUUGAAUUUUCCUUGUUCAUAAACAAGUGUCAAGAUGAGAUUACUUCUAGUUAUAUUUUUAGUUCCGUGUGUACUUUGCGGUACAAAUUAUACAAUUACUCAGGAUCUGUUGGAGGAAGUGUUUGGGAAGCCUCAAAGUAUCCUUGCAGCAGCCCCGCCCUCAUCGAUACUGCUACAGGACAGCGCGAGCGGUAACUCAACCAUUGAUCUUGGCGAUCUGGACUCUAUCGAUGUUUAUACACCUUCUGUUGCCGAUUAUGACAGAUUUGACUGGACUCUCACUAAGCGUGUAGCCGGGACAUCCAACGAAAACUUCCUAAUCUCACCUCUGGGUCUAAAACUUGCGCUAGCCAUAUUAACGGAGGCUGCAUCUGGACCCACUCAGGCUGAAAUUGCAUCAGUGCUUGGUUUGGAUUUAGACUACAAAACGGUUAGACAAAAGUUUGCUGCCAUUCUCGACUCUUUACAGACUAAGUCAUCGCAGUACAUCCUAGAUUUAGGUAGCAGAAUAUACGUAGGCGCAUCUGUACAGCCCAGACAAAGGUUUUCAGCGAUUGCCCAACAGUUCUAUAAGACUGAAAUUACAACAUUGGACUUCAGUCAUCCAAUAUUAGCUGCACAAAAGAUUAACGAAUGGGUAAACACUACCACACAAGGAAGGAUUCCUAAUUUGGUUGAUAUAGAUGACGUAGAAGGCGUGGUAGCCCUUGUAUUGAACACGCUAUUCUUCAAGGGUACUUGGUGGCAUCAAUUUACGCCUAAUGAGACGCAUUUGGACAACUUCUAUUCGAAUGCAACGACUAAGAAACCUGUAGAGUUCAUGCAUGUCAAGAAUAAGUUCUAUUAUACAGAGUCUUUGAAGUACAAUGCGAAGAUUUUGAGGAUGCCUUAUCUGGGUCACAAAUUCGCCAUGUACAUCAUAGUACCCAAUUCCUUGACGGGUCUGCCAAUAAUUUUCAACGAUAUUAGUGGAUUAAGGGCGGAAUUAUCUCAUCUCAAGGAACAUCUAGUUGAUGUCAGCUUACCCAAGUUCCAAUUUGAGUAUACGUCAGUAUUGGAUGGAGUACUUAAAGAGCUUGGAAUCAGACAAGCGUUCGAAGACACAGCGUCAUUCCCAGGAAUAGCAAGAGGACAAACUUUAAAACAAAGAAUGAAAAUUUCUAAGGUUCUGCAAAGAUCUGGUAUUGAAGUCAACGAGCUAGGAAGUGUAGCUUAUUCAGCUACCGAAAUAUCGCUCGUGAACAAAUUCGGUGAAGGAGACGAGCCAACCGCCGAAUUAUUUGCAAACAAGCCGUUCAUGUUCUUUAUCCAAGACGAGCCAACAACACAGCUGCUUUUUACUGGACGAGUAUCCGAUCCAACACUCGUUGAUGGCGCUUUAAAGAAACACUCCUUAUUCCUCCUACAAAUCAGUAAAUUUGACUGCCUAGAUGGAGGGUCUACAGAUUUCUCUCGUCUCAAUUUCUUCGAUAUCGAUUUGCUACGAUACACGGCAGAAGACAAGCCAGGCAAUAUUAUGGUCUCUCCGGCCAGUAUAAAGUCUAUUUUAGCUAUGGUGUUAGAAGGAGCACAGGGAAGUACAGAGGAUGAAAUAAGAAGUGCACUCAGACUGUCGUCUCAUAAAGACGAAUUCAGGGAACAUCUGAAUGCGUAUCUCUCUUUGCUACGAGUAAACAGUCCAGGCGUAACAAUAAACAACGCAAAUGCAGCAUUUGUGUCGAACAAACUGAAGCUAAAGAAGGAAUUUGGGGUUAUGUUGCAAAAGGUGUACUUCGCCAAUGUUGGAUCAGUGGACUAUAGCUAUCCGUAUAAUGUAUCAGAAACAAUCAAUCGAUGGGUUAGCGAUAAUACGAAGGGGUUAAUUCCUGGAAUCGUGGAUCCUGGCAAUAUAAGUCCAAUGGCGGACAUGAUUCUCGCAAAUGCGAUAUACUUCAAGGGCUCUUGGGCAAAUGCCUUCAAUCCCCAUUACACACGGAGUGGCUGUUUCCACCAUCAAGGCAAGUGCAGGAAUGUCGCGAUGAUGGAACUUCAUUCUGAACUUAAUUACGCUUAUGUUGAUAAUUUACGAGCUCAUGCUGUGGAACUGCCGUAUGAGGGUGGACAAUAUUCAAUGAUCCUCUUAGUGCCUCUUGACCGCGAAGGUUGUGGGCAGCUAAUUCGUGACUUACCCUAUAUGAGCUUACCGCAAAUUAGCAUGCUCUUUGAACCCACAGACAUCAGGCUAAUCAUGCCGAAGUUUACAGUUGAUUAUAGCGAAAAUAUGGUGGGACCAUUGAGAAAGCUGCGAAUUGAAACUCUAUUCACGAGAAACGCAAAUCUCUCUGGAAUGUUCGAAGGCAUCUCUGCCCAAGUGGACAACAUUAUCCACAAAGUGCACAUGUCAGUAGAUGAGAAAGGUACAGUAGCUGCUGCGUCAUCCGUUGCCAUGGUGAUACCGUUAAUUGGUGCUGAGGUUUUGUUACAAGUGGACAGACCUUUUAUAUUCUUUAUACGAGAUAAUAAGAAGGGCUUGGUCCUGUUUGAAGGGAAGAUCGAUGAACCGAAUGGUGUUGAUGAUGCUGAGCUACAAAAGAAUUUGAAGAACUUUGUAUACAAUCAUGGCAGAAGAUAUUCUAACCCCCACUUUUAGGUUUAUCCAAAUUGUAUAUAUAUAUACGUAAGUGAUGAACAUAGAGGUGUUGAAGAUUAAAAAUGUUUUAAUAAAUGAGUUUACCUCUUU